UUCAGCGCUUUACACAGUAUGGCCGGCGAUAUUAGCUAGCACUCGCUUACGGUAUUCUCUGCAAAAGGGAAGGCGGUAACUCAAGAUAAUUAACACCUGGAUUGCUUAAAGGACUGUACCUCAAUAAAUUAUAACUAACCGAGGAAGGAUUAAAUAAGCUGUAAACGUUGUAACUGACGUUCUAAUAAUUCUGUUGGGUGUCUGUUGUCUCACGAUGGAGGAUAACGGUGCACAUUUCUUCGAGGGGACCGAGAAGCUGCUGGAGGUGUGGUUCUCUCGCCAAGACGAGACCAAAGGGACCGGGGACCUCCGCACCAUCCCGAGGUUUGAGUGGGACAAACUUUUGGAAAAUGUGCAUUGUUUGAUCAUAAGUGUGACAAAGACCGACAAGCAGGAAGCUUAUAUACUCAGUGAGAGUAGCAUGUUUGUCUCCAAGAGACGUUUCAUUUUGAAGACAUGUGGAACCACCCUCUUACUGCAAGCACUGGUGCCUCUGCUGGAGCUCGCCAGGGAGUACUGUGGCUUCGACGCCAUCGAGAAUUUCUUCUAUUCCCGUAAGAACUUCAUGAAGCCGGCCCACCAGGAGUUCCCUCAUCGAAACUUUCAGGAGGAAGUGGAUUUUCUUAGCCAAAUUUUCCCAAAUGGAGCAGCCUACUGCAUGGGACGUUUGAACUCUGACUGUUGGUACCUGUUCACCCUGGAUCUGCCGGAGUACUGGGAGAACAAGAAGGCUGAUCAGACGCUGGAAGUUUUGAUGAGCGACCUCGACCCAGCCAUUAUGGACCAGUUCUACAUGAAAGACGGUGUUUCCGCAAGUGAGGUCACUCGUAGGAGUGGAAUUCGUGACCUGAUACCAGGUUCUGUGAUCGACGCCACAAUGUUCAACCCUUGUGGAUACUCAAUGAACGGAAUGAAGACUGAUGGAACUUACUGGACCAUCCACAUCACCCCGGAGCCAGAGUUCUCCUACGUCAGCUUCGAGACCAACCUCUCCCAGACGUCCUACGACGAUCUGAUCAGGAAGGUCGUUGAUGUGUUCAAGCCAGGAAAAUUUGUGACUACACUUUUUGUCAACCAGAGCUCCAAGUGUCGCAGUGUCUUCUCUUCCCCCCAGAAACUCGAGGGCUACAAGCGCCUCGACCGCCAGUUGGCUCAGUUCAAUGAUUACAAUUUCGUCUUUACAAGCUACGCCAAGAACCGCCAGCAGAACCAGCAGAGCUGAGGGUUGAGGAUGAAGAAGAGGCGCAAAAA